UUACUGAACAUUUCUUAUUUACAAGUAAUCUGCCGUAAUAUAGUCUUAGCAGAACAUGUUAAUAAAUUAUACUUUUAUUGCUGCGGAAAAGUUCAACUGUAUUAAAUAAAAUGAUCUCUAUAACUAAAAAGAUUCUUCAACAUUCAGCGAAAAUGGUAUCUGGUCGCCCUCUCUUGUAUUUGUCACUGCCUGGUGUAGCAUUUAUACUUGGGGUAUUUUGGUUUCGGCGUCGAAAUAAAAAUAGUUUAGAUAAUGAUACGAAAAAGGCAAGUGGCGGCGGCGGCGAGAAGGAACAUCUUUCAGCUAACAAUAAAAAAGAAGUUAAAGAAGACGUAAUCACAAAAACCGUAGCAAAUGGUAGUGUCAAAACAAAUGCUGCUGCUCCUACAAAAACACCAACAAAGUCGAUUAAUAUAAAUGGAACGUUACCCAAUGAUGAUGAAAAUCGUUUAUUUGGCAAAUCGGCACCUAUAAAAAUUGUACAAAAUGGACGUGGACCUACAUCUCCAUCAAAGCAGCCCCAACAGCAAGUAGAUUCGGAAGUUUUGAAAUCCAAGAUACAAGAUGCUGAACACAAGUUGUUGAGAUCCAUUGAUGAAGACUUUGAAAAUCUAUCUUCGCCCGUUGAUUUGCCCGACUCUGUUAAUAACCGUAUGUCAUUCUAUUCCCGUAAUGUUGAUAUUAAAAAGGAUAAGCCAGUAGUUAUAAUGGCCACUACAACUCCUAAAAUAUCACCAGAAAAUUCAUUUUUGGAGAGUAAAUAUACCAAAGAAUGUGAACAAAAUAACAACUUUGAUAAUAGUAAAAUAAAGGAAAAUGGAAAUGAAAACUGUGAAGUCGAAAAAACACCCAAAACAACCACUGUUAAUGUUAAAUCAGAGGAAACAGUCAAGACUGUUAAGGAUAAUGUUGAUGACACCAAAAAGCAACAACUUGUUAAUGACACUCAAAUAGAGACAACAGAUGUUAAUGAAAAACGUAACGUUGAUGCAGCUAGUCCUUCGUUAAGUUUAUGCAGUGUCCAAUCGGGUGAUUCUGGCAAAGGAUCGAGUCUACCACGUUCAGAGGCAGCAAGAGCAAAAACCACCUAUGAAUUUUUCCUACCUAACAGCUUGGUGGGUCAGUUGUAUGGUCGCAAACGCUCUUAUAUUAAUUUCAUUAAAACAAAAACAAAUGCCACAGUUGUAUUACGUCAAAAAGUGUACACUGGCAAAUUGCGUGUUUGUGCUAUUGAAGGUACUGAAAGUGAAAUACAAGCUGCAUUGGCUAUGAUACGCCAGCGUUUGCCGGCCAAGCGUUAUCCAAAUUUAACAAUGCAAAGAAUACAUUUUGCACUUCCACAAUCCGUAGUUCCUUUAUCAACAGAAAGUCUGCUAAAUCUUCAGUUAAAUUUAAUUGAAGGUAUCAAUAAUGAUAUAGUUGUUAGUGCUAUUAUUUCGGGUGGUCACAUAUUCGUACAACAUCCCCUACAUCCAACACAUCCUUCCUUAGCUGUUUUACAAAAAUGUCUUUAUGACUCUUACACCACAUCAGAGGCGCCCAUGCUGCCCGGUAUUGAGUUGAGUGCUGUAUGCGUGAUGCCCGUCAAUGGUGUUUGGUAUCGUGUGCAAAUUGUUGAUCAAGAUCCAGAGGAGUCAGAUAGAUGCAUAGUUAAAUUUUUAGAUUUUGGUGGUUAUAUGAAUGUACAUUUCAAUGAAUUAAGACAAAUACGUUCAGAUUUCAUGAGUGUGCCAUUCCAAGCUACCGAAUGUAUACUCUCGAAUGUUGAGCCAAUAGAUACCUGUUGGUCAGCGGAAUCAGCUGAUAUUUUAUCAAAAUUAACCAAAGGCAUUGUUUUACAAGCACAAGUAGCUGGAUACAAUUCCCAAAAUUUACCAGAAGUCUAUUUGUUUGCUUGUCUAGGCCCUAAUAAUGUUAUAUUUAUUAAUAAGGAACUUGUUGCCAGAAAUCUUGCAAAAUGGGUAGAUAUAAGAGACUGAUUAUUCCCUAUGGAAAUGCCUAUAGAUGAUGAAGAAACAACAGCAGAGGCUGCCGACAGCAAUAAUAACAAUUGCCAUAUUAGCAGUCAAUCUUAAACAAAUAGUAGCAACCUUAACUAAAUAAGUUCUCAAAGUAAUAUAUAACAUAUACACAAAGAAACAGAAAUUUUAACAAAUUUCUCCUACAUCAUUGCCGCCUUACUCUUAACAACCUCUUUUCAUUCCUUUCCUUUCCCUUCCUCACCUAUGUUUUCCUUUGAAUCCUAAAGUAUCAACUCACUGUUAAAACUUAAGAAACUCAAAAACUUAAAAUAACUUUUACACAAAACAAGAAACAAAAUGCAAAUGAACAAUUAUUUAAACAAUGCACUCAAGAAUUGUGAAAGCCAUAUAGAUGAAAAACAAACAGAUCAAGCAACAAAAGAAAAAGAAAAACAAAAAAAAAAAAACUUAGUGAAUGUGAAUGUGAGAAAAGAAAGUUGUCAGUAAUAUGUUUUCACAGAACAAUAUUGAUGAGAGCACAGGCGCAAAAAAAUCGUAAUAAAAAAUAGAACAAUGAAUUAAAAAAUUUGCUUUUAGAAAGCAAAUUAAUUGUUAUACAAAAACAAACAAACAAAAAUGUGCUAAAAAAAAUCAGUCAGAUCAAACAGUCAAAUCUUUAAACUUAAAGAAAAAACAAACAAAUAAUAAUAAUAAUAAUAAAGCUUUUAUGUAGGCAUCUUUUUGUAAAUAUAUAUAAACUUAGGUCUAGGAUUUAAACAAAAAAUGAAAAAAAAAAUGAAGAAAAACUUAAAUUAAAGAAAAUUAAACAUUACACAAAGAUUAUCAUUUCAACUUAACUCAUACAUCAGUACUCAAAAACACAUCCUCUUGUAACAACCACCAUCCUCCCCCACUCACUUUUACUUUUCAAAACUGUUUUAUAUCCUUUUUUUAUUUACAUUUAAGUGACAAAAUAAAACAGUCAUUAUUUACAUACGUUUUCUUUCCUUUUGUUUUUAAUUACAUCUCUAAACAAAUAUUUAA